AUACAUGAUAGAUCAUAGCAUAAGUUGGGAUAGCUUGCGCAUUAGGACUUCCUUAUGGGCCCUAGAUAAUAUAACUUUAUCUCCCCAACCAUUCACCUUUUUCCAAACCCUCUCUCGAAUAUAACCAGCAGAUCACUUGCGACCAUUUCCAUCACAAAGAGAGGAAAACAAAAAGAUCAAAAGUAUGGGAGAGCAGCAGCAAUGGAUCAUCAACCUGCAAUCAGAGGUCGACGAGAUCAACUCUACGCCCUCCCUGCAGAGAAGGAAGACGCCGAGCAUCUACAGGGUGCCUAAGAUUUUAAGGGACCUCCACGAAGAGGCCUACACACCCCAGAUCAUCUCCAUUGGGCCCUAUCACCACGGCAAGCCCCACCUACAGAGCAUGGAGCCCGACAAACGCUUGGUUCUUGCCCAGUACCUUCAGCGGGCCGGUAUGACCGUGGCGCAGGUGGUGGAUGCCAUGAGGCCCAUGGUCCAGGAAAUCAUGGACUCGUACGAUGGUCUGGAGGAGCCUUGGACCAACGAGGAUCGGCUCUUGGAGCUGAUGAUACUUGAUGGGUGCUUCGUGUUGGAUUGUCAUAGACAGGAUUCUCUGCAACCCGAGGAAUCACAUCUCAGCCGGGGAUUGUGGUUGGACUUUUAUAGGCUAGAGAACCAAGUCCCGCUGUCUGUUCUUGAUAUCUUGAUUCGGAUCGGAGGAAACAGGGUAAUUUACUCUCGCUGUACUUAUUUGUUGCACUCGUACUUGGUUUAUAUAGUGUGAACACAUGUGGUAUUGUGGGGGCCACACAAUACAUGAUUGCAAUUACCCACGAGUGGGCCUGUUCGGGUUUCGUCCUGAACGAAAUUGAUGAGCGGUGCUAAUGCUAUAUAUACCCUAAAGUCGCUAGGGUUACUGUGUGGGGAAAAUUUUUUUUUGGCUGCAG